AUGAGGAAACGGACCGAGCCCGUCGCCUUGGAGCAUGAGCGCUGCGCCGCCUCGGGCUCGUCCUCUUCUGGCUCGGCCGCCGCGGCGCUGGACGCCGACUGCCGCCUGAAGCAGAACCUGCGCCUGGCGGGCAAGGCGCCGGCGGAGCCGCGCUGCGCCGCAGACGCGGGCAUGAAGCGGGCCCUGGGCAGGAGAAAGGGCCUGUGGUUCCGACUGAGGAAGAUUCUUCUCUGUGUUCUGGGGUUGUAUGUUGCCAUUCCAUUUCUCAUCAAACUAUGUCCUGGAAUACAGGCCAAACUUAUUUUCUUGAAUUUUGUGAGGGUUCCCUAUUUCAUUGACUUGAAAAAACCGCAGGAUCAAGGUUUGAAUCACACGUGUAAUUACUACCUCCAGCCAGAGGAAGACGUGACCAUUGGAGUCUGGCACACUGUCCCUGCUGUCUGGUGGAAGGACGCCCAAGGAAAGGACCAGAUGUGGUAUGAGGAUGCCUUGGCUACCAGCCACCCUAUCAUCCUGUACCUGCACGGAAAUGCAGGCACCAGAGGAGGUGACCACCGAGUGGAGCUUUACAAGGUGCUGAGUUCCCUUGGUUACCACGUGGUCACCUUUGACUACAGAGGGUGGGGAGACUCAGUAGGAACGCCAUCAGAGCGAGGCAUGACGUAUGACGCACUCCAUGUUUUUGACUGGAUCAAAGCAAGAAGUGGAGACAACCCUGUAUAUAUUUGGGGUCAUUCCCUAGGCACUGGAGUGGCAACAAACCUGGUGCGGCGCCUGUGUGAGCGAGAGACACCUCCCGAUGCUCUUAUAUUGGAAUCUCCAUUCACUAAUAUCCGUGAAGAAGCUAAGAGCCAUCCGUUCUCAGUGAUAUAUCGAUACUUCCCUGGGUUUGACUGGUUUUUCCUCGACCCCAUUACAAGCAGUGGAAUUAAAUUUGCUAAUGAUGAAAAUGUGAAGCACAUCUCCUGCUCCCUGCUCAUCCUGCAUGCUGAGGACGACCCAGUUGUGCCCUUCCAGCUUGGCAGAAAGCUCUACAACAUCGCUGCUCCAUCUCGAAGCUUCCGAGACUUCAAAGUUCAGUUUAUUCCCUUUCACUCAGACCUCGGCUACAGGCACAAGUAUAUCUACAAGAGCCCUGAGCUCCCGCGGAUACUGAGGGAAUUCCUGGGGAAGUCAGAACCUGGGCGCCAGCACUGA